UACUGAUAUUACAGUAUACAUGUCUUAAAAUUUUAUGCUUGUUAUUUUUAAUGGUAUAGUAAUAAAAUAUGUAAAUUUAUAUUAUUUCUUUUUAAAUCGAUUAUAAUAUAUGUGUAUUUUUAAACAUUAUAAGUAUAGUCGCAAUGACUAAAACAGCGCAAGAAUUUAUACAAAACUCAUUCUCUCCAAUAAUUGCUACGUUAUGCAGUCCAAAAGUGGAUAAUAUAGUAUGUAAAAAUAAUCUAACUUUACCGGAGUUGCUGCAGCCGUUUACGCAACUAGACUGGGAAGGUCAAAUUCGGGAACCUGGAGGAAAUUUUUGUUCAAUAAGAAAUUUAAAUUUAGUCAUUAGAGAUGUGCUUUGGAAGCCACUUCAGCCAACAGAGGCCCGAAGACAACUUAAUAAUGCAGUUCUACAUAAUUAUGAUGAGAAAACUGUUAUAAUGAAAAUAGAUACACAAAUAUUUGAUGUACCUCAAGCAACACCGUGGUUUGAUGCAUGGAGAGAAACAUAUUUGGAAGUGCAAUUCCCCUCUGAUCAUGAAUUUACAAAACAUUUCUUGGCUUGUAUAAUAGUUGCCACCACUUUUGAAGAUGACAUAGUUGAAACAUACAACACUCUUAACCAACAAUAUGCACAACUUCAAAAUGUCACCCCUCCCAAACUACCAAAGUGGUUUAACAGUUCAGUUUUGAAGUCUUAUCUCUUAUUACAUGAUGUUUCUGCAAUUUCCAAAGAGAAAGCUGAUAAAAUGUUUGAAACAAUGAAACAAACCUUUGGUGCUACCAACUGUUUUAUGCUAUCAAUUAAUUCCAAGACUUCUAACGAACCCAAGUUAACAACAGACUAUUGGGCAAAUUAUCUUAAACAAUCAUCAGAGAGCAGUGUUGAAACAGUUUCACUUUCAAGCUCUUCCAGUAUACAUGAUGCUCAACUUACAGCUCAACCAGGUCAUGUCAGUUUAUUAGAUGAUAGACAGAAUACUUUAACAACAUCAACGAAUGCGGAUGGUGUCCAUCCUUUGACAAAUACUGAAUCAGACACAUACGACAAUGCAAAUAGUUUACAACCAUAUUCGUUCUCCGGUAGUUCGGAAAGUGUAAAUGUUGCUGGAAGACAAUUAGAGAGACAGAGUGAGAUUCAUGGAGCAGCAUUAAAUGCCAAUGACAUUGAGUCAAUGAAAUCAUUCUUAAAAGACUAUGUAUCUAAAGCAUUUGUUCCUUAUUUAGAAAAGCUUAUAGCACAACUAAAUGAAGUGGUCGCAAAUAAAAAAGGCGUCAGUAGAUCUUUACUGUCGGCGACGAAGCGUUGGUUUACAGCUGGAAAGUCUGGAACAACUACUGUGAACAAUACGGUCAUUUAUUCGAGCGACUGUCCGGAGCUACAGCUUCGUCGUCUUGGCGACGUGUGGUUCAUGUGUGGUCAAUGGUCCCGUGCUUUCGAUAGUUACCACGCGGCCAAGCGUGAGUUCUACGCGGAUAGCGCUUGGCUUUGUUAUGCCGGGGCUCUUGAAAUGGCCGCCGUUAGUGCCUUCAUGGCCGGCGAUGCAAACCGGAAGACCUUUGGCUAUAUGGAGGAAAGCAUAGUCACAUAUCUGAAUACGUGCCGAAUGGUGCAAUAUGCUGUUCGAGCUACUCUCCUCUCCGUGCCGUGUCUCAUCAGUGCCGGGUUCUAUGGCGAGGCCGCUAAGCAACUUAUCCGAAUGACUUCAGAAGACAGCGAUUUGCGGAGUGCUAUGCUUCUAGAACAAGCGGCACUUUGUUUCUUGAAAGGGCCCUCUACCAAAAUAAUGUCGAGAAAAUACGCUUUCCACAUGGUUUUAGCCGGACACAGGUUCUCCAAAGCCGGACAAAAAAAACACGCGUACCGCUGCUACAAGCGGGCGUAUCAGGUGUAUGAGGAUAGUGGCUGGCGGCUGUCAACGGACCACGUGCAAUUUGCUCUCGGUCGUCUAGCUGGCGCGCUGAGGGUCAAGGAGGCUGUGUCGUGGCUCGCGGCUCCUCUCGCACCAAACUCCCCUCAGCCGCCCGCCAUGCAGGACGCCUUCCUCCGAGAGUUCAUGCUGGCUCACCAGCAAUUCGUUGAAACUUUAGAGGAGUUUAAGGAACACCUUCCAGUGUUGCCAGUGCCGUUGUUAUCAGUAGAGGACACCGCGGUGUUAUGCGUUGGUCCGAUGCCUUUGUCGUCUCCGGGACGUAUCGCCGCCUCUUCACUUUCUUUGCCGCCGCAGAGGAAUUCCUCUAAAGAUUUCCCAUACUGGCACAAAUUGGAGGAGAAUCUGCUUCAGGUGGCGCAAGGAAGCGUCCCUAUGAUAUUUAAACCAAGUAUAGAUUUGUAUACGCAGAAAACAGAUAGCAACCCCAUUGUACCCAAAGGAGAACCAAUUCAGAUUGCCAUAACUUUAUAUAAUCCUUUGAAAAUUCCGAUACUCUUGAAGGAGUUGGAAUUGUUGUGGCAGUUCACUUUGGAAGCGGAUAAUACAGAGAUUUCUAGCGAUGAGAUUUUAAACAACGAGCCGUUAAUAGCUUCGGGACAAAUUAAAGAGAGUAAUGUUAUACGUGGACAGAAAUUGAAAUCGUUCUUACUGGAAGGAGAGUGCAGAAAGACGCUAAAUCUAACGGUCACACCCUUACAGACUGGACAGCUGUCCAUACAGGGAUUAGCGUUCAAUCUGAUAAACGUCGGAGAGGGAAAGAAUAAUGAAAAUGGCGUUUCAGUGUUGGGUAAAGUAAACUUACAGAAUGGUGCUAAUUGUUCUGAUAAAUUGUUACUAAUAACAGUCAUACCACACGCGCCGUGUCUUCAGAUGACACUAUCGGAAACUGUGACUGAAGUAAUAAGUGGAGAAAUAUUAACAGUGGACGUGGAUUUCUGUAACAUUGGUCCGGUAACAUUGAAAAACCUGUAUUUAGCAGUGUCACACCCGGAGUGUAUGGCGUGGCGUGGCGUGGUGGGCUCUAGUGAUAACGUAGACGACUUUGGCGUUCUCUAUGACGAAAAAUAUAGACCGCCCCCCGACUUUACAGACGAGAGAGCAGCUCGUGCGGCGGCUCGAGCCAUGUCGGCUGCUCGUCGCGUGACGUCAGUAGUGCCGCAGUGCUCGGCGGGAGCGCACGUGCGGACCACCCUGUUGCUGCGGCCACACGCCCGCGCCUCCGACCUGUACUUACUCGCCUACUACGAGACCGGCCAACGAGCUCGCCCGCACCGCCUCCUCAGACACGUCUUCCGUUUUAAACCCAUUGAGACCGUUGAGAUAUCGGUGACUCCGCGCAGAGGUUUGAGUACUGUUGGCAAUAAAGUUAUAGAAAGUAUGCAUCUUUCGAUCGAACUGAAAAAUGUUUGUAAUGAAAAAGAAGAUGACAUAACGCUGGAAGUUCUAGAAGCUUCUCUGUUGAGCAGACAGUGGAGGUUGACAGACAGCAGACACUCGUCGGAAAUCGACAACUGUUUGAUAUCACGUGAAAGAAUUCAUUUCAUAUUAAAAAGUACGCGAAUAUUUGGAGAUUUACCGGACGGUCGUGUCGAGUACUCCUGCCUUAAAUUCGCAGAACAUCACCCAGAAACCAAAGAUGACAUUAAUAAGCCGCCCUAUUCUAAAUUUGUAACUGACUAUAUGUCUCCAUUACUAGAAAAUUUGGAAUCUAUUCAAAGUCCAGCGAAUACUUCUGGCCUGAUCCAAUCCAUGUUGGUUUUGAGAUGGAAAGCAAACAAUAGAAAGACUAAUCGCAGAGUCGUCGGCCAACACAGCAUAUGGAUGGAUUGCUUUACGAAAACACUAUCAAGGGAAAGAGAAAAAUUGCCCAUCGAAGUCACAAGCGGAGUACAACUCGACGAUUUAGACAGCGCCACAGAUAUAACCGAUGUGAAGAGUAAAAAUGAUAAUAACGACCUCGUCAUCAUCAAAGUCGAACAUUCCAACCACAUUAAUCAUAACUUCAAAGCAAAUAAACUAUGCCUGAUACCCGUAGUCUUGAACAUAGUCAAUUGUCAAGGAUCACCGGUAACAGUUUUUAUUGAUAUGCAUAAACAACAGAACAGAGAUUCUUCGGGAGAGAUUGGAUGGGCCGGGGCCCUUAAUAACGGUUUAGAUGCGGAUUCCAAAGAAUUGGGUGUGAACGUGACCUUGGAUAAGUUCGAGUCGAGAAGAGUUCAGGUUCGGGCUUUGUGUGCCGCUCCAGGAACCUAUCUGGUGGGUGGUGCGUUCCACGUCACUACCAAACACGACCAAAUCCUCAACUCAUACUUUCCUAAUACAACUUCACUGUUGGUCGUUAAGCAGAUGUAACGGCAGAGACACACUGGUGUCUGAAUUUGUUUUAAUAGAAAUCUAUUCCCCUUAUACAUUUAAUAUGGUUGGAAGUACGUUAGUUUAUUCUCGUUCAGAGUAGUCGAUUGCUGAUUGGUCAGAUAUGUAGUGGGGAUCUAUUACGAUAAAACUUGAAAAGACCAGUAUACCUCUUGCCUAAUGCCUUAUAACAGCGAAUGUUUGGAACGAUAAGCCACAAUUUAAUUUGUAUAGUGCAAUUUAUUCCUUAUUAAAUAAAAUAUUUCUUUAUUA